GGGGCCCGAUUCGGGGGAAUUGGUGGAAUUGGCCUAAAGCCGGCCCUGCAUCUUGGUGGCAGAGAAUCCAAAAGCAGGGUUUGGAGGAGCCCAGGUGUGGUGCUGACCUGGUCUCGCCCAUCUGCUCGUAGCCCCUGGAAGCCAUGACUGGCCACUUCGUUUUCUCUGCUCACCCUACGGACUCCUCUCCUGUCCCGGCAGGGCAGACGUCCUGCUCAGCAUCUUCAUUUAAUGCGAGGAGGAGAGUGGGGCAGGCGCUGGCUACGUGCUUGGGUAGGACACAUGCUCUGGGGGGCCGGGAGCGAUCAGGUUCAAAUGUGGUGCUGGAUUGCUCAGCAGAUGAACUUGGGAGCCUCAGGUCCUUAAGCCAGCAAAGGGUCUAGAUGAGCAAGCCUUACUGGGCCAGGCAGGGAGGAGCUGGGCGGGAAGACCCUGCCAUGUCAGACCCCCCCCGUGCCGCUCCCAGCUCAGCCUGCCCACAGGGGAGACAGCCUGUACUUUCCUUCUGCGUCAGCACAUGGGAGUGAGUCUUUUUCCCGUGCCAGCGGCAUUGGGCCUGCUCUGCUGGGAUUCAAAGCCUCCUGUCUCUUGGCAGGAACAUGUCCAGCACAGGCAGGAAGUCCACGUGGUGCUGGGGAAUGAAGCCUGCGAUCUGGACUCCGUGGUGUCGGCGCUUGCCCUGGCUUAUUACUUGGCAAAGACCUCUCUGGAGUCCAAGGCGGCAUUUGUCCCCGUGCUGAACAUCCCCCGCUCGGAGUUCCCCUUGCGCACAGAGAGCGCCUUCCUCCUGCAGGAGCAGCAGAUCCCCGACAGCUGCCUGAUCUUCCGGGAUGAGAUCGACCUGCGUGCGCUGCACCGGGCUGGCCUCCUCUCCUUGACGCUGGUCGACCAUCACAUCCUGCCGAGCGGAGACGCAGCCCUGGAGGAGGCCGUGAUCGAGGUGAUCGACCAUCGGCCCCUGGAGAGGGCGCCUCGGUGCAGGGUCACCGCGGAGCUGGUGGGCUCCUGUGCCACGCUGGUGACGGAGAGGAUCGUGCAGGGCCCAGCGGAGCUGUUGGACAGACAGACGGCCGCCCUGCUGCGUGGUACGAUAAUUCUGGAUUGUGUCAAUAUGACUCCAGAAGCUGGGAAAGUGACUCCCAAAGACACUCAGUACGUGGCCCUGUUGGAAUCCAAGUUCCCAGACCUCCCGGCGAGGAGCGUCCUGUUUGAGGCUCUGCAGACAGCCAAGUUCGAUGUGACAGGGCUCACUACAGACCAGAUGCUGCGAAAGGACCUUAAGGUGCUGUCGAGCGACGGGCUCGUUCUUGCCAUCAGUGCUGUGUACGUGACGCUGGAGGCCUUCCUGCAGCGGCCUGGCUUGCAGCAGGACCUGUGCGCCUUCUGCGAGCGGCACGGCUACGGUGGGUUGGUAGCCAUGACGAUCUCCUUCAACGAGCGGAACGAGCCAUUCCGGCAGCUCGCGGUGUACAGCCAGCACGCGGCGGUGCGGACAGCGGUGUGUGGUGUUCUGGAGCGCGCUAACAACCCGCCCCUGGACCUCUCCCCUCUGGGGAACCUCUACCCCAACAUCUGUGCCUACCACCAAGGCAACACAGUUGCAUCGCGUAAGAAAGUCCUCCCGAUCCUUAAAGACUUCCUAAGGGAGCGGGGCAUAACGGCUGGCCCCAUGCAUCCCGCGGACAAGGAUUCCUGUGGCACGACGAGACCCGAGCCGAAAGACUCCUCUGCCGGUUGCGGCGAAAGCGACGAGAACCCGGAGGACUCGGAUGUGGCUGGCGAAGCGGGUGCCCCGGAGUACGAGCCAAGGGGCAGGAGAGAUCCUGCCAGGUGCCCGAGGCUUGGGGAUGCCCUGCUGGAGGACGAUGCCCCGUUGCCUCCCACCCCCAUGAACAGCCUGGUGGAUGAGUGCCCUCUGGACAGGGGGCUGCCCAAGCUGUCGGCGGAGGCGAUCUUCGAGAAGUUCAGCCACAUCACGGUGGUGCGCCCCUCCGCCAGCAGCAGCCCCGAGAAGAAGUGACACCGGGGCUGGUGCCCGCUCGGGUUUCAGGGACGCAAUUGCAAUCCGCUCUGGGAUUAAACGAGCGGCCUCUUUCUGUGUGUGGACGAAACACGUCCAGCUGUCUCGCGGGGACGUGGACCCCGGCCUCUGCAAUAAAAGCCAGACGCAGGCGUUUUUGUCAGCGAUGCUCUAGAACCGACCUCCGUGGAGCUCCUUCUCCAGCGGGGGAUUUCAUAGGAAAGCCAAACCAAAAUGCCAGCAGAGUGGCACCCCCCAGUGCAAAGUGCAGCUGCACUUCAAAGGCACCCGGGGGCUUGAUCCUGGCCGGACUGUGCCCACAAGGACCACCUCUUUCUCUUACAGUGAUUUCUUUAAACCCUGCCCUGGCGCAGCCGCAGCCGCCUCUUGCGUCGCCGGGCCCUAGGUCAUGAGCAGUUGUGCUGUGUUAUGUGCAAGAACGCCCAGGUCCAGCAGCCCCUGAGUCCCAGUCCACGUUGUGUCCCAUUUGUGUGCACAGGCUUACCCCGUACGUCCCCGUCGUUGGACUGACAUCGUGGGAGGGGAGAUCUCGGCCCCACUCUCGUUGAACCCUCUGUGGAUUUGGCAGCUUUGUUUCCAUCCAGAAUCCCCCUCGGGGAACAGCAAUAAAGGAGAGGAACUUCUCUCCCGUCUCCCCCGGCCCAUGUGACCCAGUCAGCCGUCUUGCCUCCUGUGAGCCAUUGGGUCUGUCAUGUACCUGCCUGACUGUGCAGCACCGUGCGUAAAGGAAAACUCUUCCUUCCCAACUUCCCCGUUAUCUGUGGUCGUAAUUGUCCAAUCCCUUUGAAACCCUGGCUGGGUAGCUUUGGAAACUGACCCCCGGGGCAGGGAAUUCCAGCCCGCCAUCCAGGGGUUGUGUGAAGGGGUUUCUAGUGAUUGGUUCCUAAAGCUGCUGUCUUUACCGUCCUGCUGGAGAGUGAGCUACCCGUGCCUUGGCACGGUCCGACCUGCAGGUGGGGAAAUGGACCAUACAGAAUGCCCCAAUGCGUCUGUUCCUUCUCCCGAGGGGACUGGCAGGGUGUGUCUUUGACCCACAGCUUGGAUCAUUUUUACUGUCUCUGUUUAAUGCCACUCUGAUUGGUAAAGCCAGUUGUGUUAACGCUACUGCUCCCCUUCCUGGGGAUACGCACCUUGCAUAGUUCCCCUUGGAAAGUAGCCGUUAAUCUUUUGCUGAUAGUUGAAGGUGACGAAGGAGAGACUUUUCAGGUGGCGACUAUUCAUUAAACUAUCGAAGGGGCCACACUAUCAGCUUGCCCUCAACUCGGCCUCUUUUGCUGUGGGCUCUCUUGAUUUCAGGCGCGGUUUCGUGUCUACGAUUCCGUGGGUUGGCAGUUCGGAUUGCUUGAGGCCUUGUCUACAUGGAAAAAUUGUACCAGUUCAAGUUAAAUCAUUUUUUUAACUAAUAUCGUUAAAUCAGUGCAAACCCCUGAGUGGGCUCUGAGGGGAGGAGGGGCUUAUUUCAGUUUAAUUUAAGCCUGUUCCCAAUUGAGGUAAGUUAAACAAAAUCAGCCACGCGUAACGUAAAUCAGUUUCCACACAGGGGUUAUAUCCGUAUAUUGAUUUAAAUUUACACCUUAGAUUUAUGCCAGUGCAAAUGUUCCGUGUAGCCAAGGCCUUAAAUGAUUUAUGCUUGCCACCCAGCAGCUUCCAUUGUUCUCAGAGGGAUGGGGUGAGAUUCCCCAUUAUCCUCAGAGGGUAGGAGACAGCUCUUUAGUUAAUCUGGCUCCAAAGGAACACGUGGUCCCAUUUUAUUUAGGUACUUACAUAGGAACUGAGCCCUCUUGCAAACUUGGCCCAAUGGCCCGGACUCUGUCUGCAAAUCAGGAGUUCAAGCAGCAAAUUGACCUAAAUUGCAGGUUGGUACAAUUGGGCCUGCAAAAACCAGAAAAUCUGGCCUCGAAAUCUCUUCCAGGCUCCGUUCCUUGGAAAUGGCCCUUGUCCGCCGCCCUGCUGGUGCUUUUGUUGUUAAGGACGGACUUUCAGGCUGGGGCGGUGGUUCUGGUGCACCUGGCACCCAGGAACUGGCGUUCUCCAGAAUUGUCAUUCUGGGCUCUCACAUGAUAACCGCAAUGGCCUGUGACUUCUAAAAAGGCCUCAGGUACUGACACUGCAGGUUAGCAAGUAACCGGGUGUGCCCCCAAGCCAGGUCCACUCUGCUGGGGCACUUGCAUGAAGGUGAAAAACUCCCUGACCCCAUAGUCCGACACCCAUGUAACCCAAUUGUCUGUGGUGGCUGUCAAUAAGCCUUGGGUGCUAAAACCCCAGACACGUUCCUCAGUGUGUCAUGAAUUCCCCUCCUCCCUUUCGUCUUGUGAAUCAUCUAACCACUGUACGUCUCUAUGGUACGUGCACCCUAGAGAGACCCCCUGGUGGCAGAGCCCUGAGCCUCCUACACUACUGUCUGUCCAU